UAGGAGCUAUCAGAGUAGGGAAGGAAGAUCACUCCACGGCCUAAUCAGCUUCCCGUAGGAUCCAUCCCCUGCUCUCAGUCUCAGCCUUAAACAGCGCCGCGCUCACUCUACCGUCGAUCUCCUCACUGCUGCCAUUGGCGUUAUAGCCAGCCAAGGUUCCGACACCGGCACAAGGCCACAGCGGACGAGUACCGAAAGCAUACAAAUGGCAGUGAGACAGUGAGAGAGAAGGGAAGGGAGGUUGUGUUGAAUGAGAGUGCAUGCGGGAAAGGCAGUAGCAACUGAUCAUCGUCGCAGGCGCUUGUGAUUUUGGGUUCAGAUUUCGAUCCUCGAUGGUGGAUCUAGCCAAGUCAUGUUGGUGACAGUCUGAAUGAGAAAUGGAGGGAGGCUAAAUUUGCUUCUCCACUUUUGAUAAGAUACCGAGGGAAAUUUUUGUGUGUGAAAUACCAUGCUGUAUUAACAUACUGCAUCAGUAUGGUACCUAGAUAAUUCUAGGAUAGAUAUAUAACUAAAGACAUCAAUUGAGAUUUCUAAGUAUAUAUCUGUAUUUCUGCACUUGACCCCAUGGCUACCAAGCUGCAUACUGAAUCAAGGCGACAUUAUUCAUGGUGGUGGGACAGUCAUAUUAGUCCCAAGAAUUCUAAAUGGCUCAAGGAGAAUCUUUCAGAUGCAGACAUGAAAGUCAAUGCAAUAAUCAAGCUGUUAGAAGAAGAUGCUGAUUCUUUUGCAAGGAAAGCAGAAAUGUACUAUAAGAAGCGACCUGAACUGAUGAAAUUGGUGGAGGAGCUGUAUAGAGCAUACCGUGCAUUAGCUGAGAAAUAUGAUCAUGCUACUGGAGCACUUCGCCAUGCUCAUCGAACAAUGACCGAGGCAUUCCCUAACCAAAUCCCAUUACUAUUAUCAGAUGAAUCUUCAUAUGUUUCCUCCAGCAAUGAGGCUGAGCCACAGACUCCUGAAGCACCUCCACCACUUCGUGCAUUAUUUGAUCCCGAUGACUUCCAGAAGGAUGCAGUGGGAUUCCCAUCAGAGUUACUUGUUGUAAAAAGAAAUGGGCCAUAUUCUGAACCAAAUGAUUCUUUUUCGAGCAAAAAAGGUUUGAAGCAAUUGAAUGAGAUGUUUGCCAUACAAGAUGAAACUGUAUCUACGUCUGAAGGUAGAGUAAGAAAAGGGUUAAAAUUUCAAGAGGAAGAGGGAGAAAAUAUUGAAAAUAGAAUGCUCAAGUGGUCCAAGGAACAAAAUCAAGGUCAUGAGAAAUUGGAUGCAAGCUGUGUGCCGAAAGGUCCUCAUCAAGACAUUUCCCAAUUUUCAGAUGAAGACCAAAGUUUGAAGAACCAGACAGAGGCAGAAAUUGACCGGGCUAAUAAAGCAGAGAGUGAAUUUCAAAGACUCCAAAACACAAUCUCUAAAUUGAUUGGAGAGAAGGAUGCAAGUACAGUUCAAUGUGAGAUAUCUCUUCAGAGAAUAAUUGAACUUGAAUCUCAACUUUCUUUAACACAAAAUGAAUUGAAGAAAAUCAGUGAUGAGAGGGCAAGAGAAGUUAAGAAGUUGCAGAAUAUUGAAGAACUAAAUGAAUCUCUUCUUUUGAAGAUAGAGCUGUUAACAGAGGAAGCGAAGAAGCACGAGCAUGAGCUUAACCAGAAGCAAGAUGAAUUGGAGAAACUCCAUAUUGCCAUUGAAGAAAAACAUCAAAAAUGUGCUCAGAUUGAGAUGGCUCUCGUCUUAAAAGAAAAGAUGCAUGCUCAAUCUGAGGAAGAAGUAGCUCAUUUGAGUCAAGAAAUUGAAAAAGAAACAAAAAAGUUGAAGGACAUGGAACUGUUAAACAUGGAUCUUCAGGAAAAAAUUUGCAAGAGCAAUGAGGAAUUUUGCAGCUUGCAGAAAGAAAAUCUUCAUGCUAAAUUGACAGUGGAGGAGCUUAAAGAAAAAUUAAUUUUGUAUGAAGAGAAGAAUAUAGGUCAUGAAAAUGAAAUUCAGAUCCAUUUAGGCAAAAUGGAACUUCUUAAUCAAGAGCUUUUCCAAGUUAAAGAAGACAAAAUUGAUUUGGAAGGGAAACAGCAAGAUCUUGAAGCAGCACUAAAGCAUUUGCAUAAUGAGAAUUCUGAACUGAAGGAAAUCUUGGAUAAACAUGAAACUGAAAAAAAGAUUUUUGUGGACAAGCUGAAAGUUAUGGACAAUCUUCUUGAUAAGAAUUGCCUCCUAGAAAGGUCACUUUCAUAUGCAAAUCUUGAGUUAAUAGACUUGAGGGGAAAAUUUUCAGCACUAGACAAUUUGCACAAGGCUCUAAAUGGUGAAAUUUCCACUUAUGCUGCUGAGAAAAAAGCACUAAUGUCUCAGGCAGAUGAUCUUACCCAGACUAUAAGUGUUCUUUCUGAGAAAAAUCUCUUACUGGAGAACUCUCUUUCUGUUUUAAACUCUGAAGUAGAAAGUUUAAGAAUAAAGUUGAAAGAGUAUGAUGAAUCUUUUCUGUUGCUCAAUGAAGAGAGAUCUGAUCUUCUUCAUGAAAGGAAGAGUCUUCUUGCACAGAUAGAGACCCUAAUUCAUUUUGUGGAGGAACUUUCAGAGAAAAAAUUGUCUUUGGAGAAAUCAUUAUCAGCUAUCACCAGUGAUGUUUUGAGUUUGAUGUCAAAAUUGAAAGACAAGGAAGACUGCUAUCAAUCUCUUCAGGAAAAAAACUCUGGCCUUCUUGAUGAAAGAGAUACUCUUCUUUCUCAGGUCAAGAUUCUUACUAAAGAUGUGGAGAAUCUCUUGGGUAAGAAUUCUGCUUUGGACAGCUCUUUAUCUGAUGUAAGCAGUGAAGUUUGUGAUUUAAGGAAAAAAUUGAAGGACAUUGAAGAAUCUUAUGAAUCUCUCAGUCAUCAGAACUCCAGACUUCUUGCUGAAAGGAAUACUCUUCUCACUCAGAGAGAGUUGUUUACACUAAAAAAUUCAUCCUUGGAGAAGUCUCUAUUUUCAGCUAACAAUGAGGUUGAUUCUUUGAGAUUGAAGUUGAAAGACUUGGAAGAAUCUCUUCAGUCUCUCAGUGAUCAAAACUCUUGUCUUCUUUCUGAAAAGAAUAGUCUUCUUUCCGAGUUAGAGGUUCUUACUCAGGAUGCAGACAAGCUUUCAGAGAGCAAUUCCUCCUUAAAAAACUCCCUAUCUAAUAUAAGCAGCGAGGUAGUGUGUUUGAGGUCAAAAUUAAAUGACUCUGAAAACUCCUGUCAGUCUUUGAGAGAUCAGAAUUUUGUUCUUCUUAAUGAAAGAAAUGCUUUAGUCUCCCAGGCAGAGGACCUUACUCAGAAUGUGGAGAAGCUUUCACAGGAAAAUUCUUUCUUUGAGAAUUCACUAAUUUCUUUGACCAUUGAAGUCAGUUGUUUGAGUUCCAUGUUAAAAGAUUUCAAUGACUCCUUCCAGUUUCUCAGUGAUCAGAAUUCUAGUCUUCUGGCUGAAAAAAGAACUCUUCUUUCUGAGAUUGAGAUUCUUUUGCAUAAUGUGCACCAGCUUUCUGAAAAAGGUUCCUUUCUGAAGAUCUCUCUAUCUGAUGUAAGCAAUGAAGUUGUGAGUUUGAGAUCAAAGUUAAAUGGCUCUGAAAAUUCCUGUCAGUCUUUGAGAGAUCAGAAUUUUGAUCUUCUUAAUGAAAGAAAUGCUUUAGUCUCCCAGACAGAGGUCCUUUCUCAGAGUGUGGAGAAGCUCUCUCAAAAAAACUCUAUCUUGGAGAACUCACUAACUGCUAUGAGCACUGAAAUGGAGCUUUUAAGUCCUAAAUUGAAAGAUUUGGAAGAAACCUGCCAGUCAUUGAGUGACCAAAACUCUAGUGUUUUGGCUGAAAAAAACAUUCUUCUCUCUGAGGUAGAAAUUCUUACUCAGGACAUGGAGAAACUUUCUCAUAAAAAUUCAUACUUGGAGAACUCCUUAUCUAAGUUAAGCAAUCAAGUUGGGUGUUUAGAGUCAAAAUUGAAGGAAUAUGAGGAAUCCUAUCAGUCUAUAAGGGAUCAGAAUUCUGAUCUUCUUAUUGAAAGGACUGCUCUUGUCUCUCAGGCAGGGGAUCUUUCACAAAAGCAUUCAUUGUUGGAGAACUCACUCGUCGCUGUAACUACUGAAGUUGAAUGUUUGAGAUCUAAGUUGAGUAAUUUUGAAGAGUCCUGUCAGUCACUUAGGCAUCAGAACUCUGAUCUUUUUGCUCAAAGAAACACUCUCAUCUCUGAGGUUGACGUUCUUACUCAAAAUGUGGAAGAGCUUUCCAAGAAAAAUUCUUUGCUGGAAAAUUCUUUUUCUGAUGUAAGUACUAGGUUUGAGUGCUCAAUGAUCAAGUUGAAGGACUUUGAGAGGUCUUGCAAAUCUCUAAGUGAUCAGAAAUCUUACCUUCUUACUGAAAGGGACAGUCUUCUGACUCAAGUGGAAACUCUUACUAUUUCUGUCAAUGACCUCUCUGAAAAGAAUUCCUUCUUAGAGAACUCCCUUUCCAAUGUAAGCACUGAGGUUGGAUUCUUGAAGUCAAAGUUGAAAGAUUCUGAAGAGGCCUUCCAGACAAUGAGUGAUCAGAAUGCUGAUCUUCUUUCUGAAAGGAACACUCUUGUUUCUCGCAUAGAGAUUCUUGCUCAGGAUAUGGGUAAGGUUUCAGAAAAAUAUUCCGUCUUGGAGAAUUUGUUAGCUGAUUUAAAUACUGAAGUUGAGUGUUUGAGGUCAAAGCUGACGGACUCUGAGGAGUCUGGUAAAUCUUUGAGAGAGAAGAAUGUUUAUUUUCAUUCUGAGAGAGAGAAUCUUCUUUCUCAGUUAGAGGUUCUUGCUAACAAUAUGGAGAACCUUUCAGGCCAUAAUUCUUUCUUGGAGAUCAACCUUUCUGAUGCAAGAACUGAAGUCUGCUCUUUGACAUUGAAGUUGAAAGAAAUGGAAGACUCUUGCCAAUUGCACAGUGCUAAGAACUCAGAUCUUCUCUCCGAAAGGAAAUGUAUCCUAUUUCAGUUAGAGGUUGUCACACAGAAUGCAGAGAAGCUUCAAGACAAGAAUUCCAUUUUAGAGAGCUCCCUAUCUGAUGUAAGAACUGAAAUUGAUUUUCUGAAGUCAAAGUUGAAAGACUAUGAAGAAUCCUGUCAAUCACUCCAGAAUCAGAACUCUGCUCUUCUCAGCGAAAGGGAUGCUCUCGUCUCUCAGGUUGAUAGCAUCACUGCAAAUCUGAAGAAUCUGGAUAGUAGUUAUGUAGUGUUAGAAAACAAAUUCUUGAAAGCUGCAGAAGAAAGAGAUCUGACAACAAAUCAGUUCAAGGUUCUGCAAGAUCGUUUGGAACUAGAAAAAGAAGAAUAUGGAACACUUAUCCAAUCAUGUAAGAGUCAGAUGGCUGCAUUAGAGGACCAGAUUUUUCUUUUGCAACAGGAAAGUAAACUUAUAAUGAUUGAACAUGAAGCAGCACAGAGUCAUUUAAUUGGCGCUUCAGUAGAAAAUUUUGUGUUGCAAAGAAGUUUGUGUGAUGUACAUGCAAGGAACCUUUCUCUCUCUAUAGAACUUCAGGAAAACAUACAGGCAUGCCGACGUGCUGAGGGUCUUGUUUCUGAUCUUGAGAAGGAUAAUCUCAUUCAGGUUGAAAAAAGAAUGUCACUGAAAGAACAAAAUAAGCGGUUAUGCCAGGCAAUUAAUUUAUUGCAGAGCACUCUAAUUAUUGACAAGAGCUUUGAUUGUCUGGAUGAAGUUCAGGAUGAAGUUCUCCUGGAUAUGGUAGUUGAAAAUAUCUUGGCAUUUGUUUCUGGAGCUGAGCAUAAUAAUCAACUAUUGCAUCUUGAGAUAUCAGUUCUUGUCAUUCUUUUGAAGCAUGCAAUGCUGGAUCUGAACACUUUGAAAUUGGAGAAGUGUUCUCUAGAAAGGGAUCUUGCCAUAAAGACCACAGAAUUGUUAGCAUUGGAAAACAAAGAGCAAGAACUUCUAGAAUUAAAUAUAAAUCUAACAAAGGACAUUGAAGCAAGCAGCCACAAGGAGGUAGAAAUAAAGAUUGAGAUUGAGGUUCUCUCUAGAUGUUUGACUGAGCUGCAAGAGUCUCUCAUGACAUCUAAAUGUGAAAUACUAAGUUUGACGGAAGAGAAUAAGAUUCUAAUGGAAAAUCUUUGUAUUUUAAGACAAAAGUGUGAUCUAUCGGAAAAGGAAAAUAUUGAAGUGCUCUCUGAGGCAGCCAAAUUGGAUCAUCUUUGUUUAUUCUUUAAUAGCCUUUGUGCAGAGAGAGUCUCUGAACUGAAAUGUUUCACAUCUGAUAUUGAUUCUCUUCAUCAUGUUAAAAAUGGCCUCAUGGCUAAGGUUUACAAGAAGAAGGGGGUGAUUAGGGCCCUCAAGGAACAAAACACCCAUCUUAUUAAAUCACUUAUCUGUCUGGAAGAAGAUUAUAGAAGUCAUAUGCUACUCUCUGAAUUUGAUUUGAUUACAACUGCAUGCUUUUGUGAAGAACUAAAUUUUGAGAGACAGAGCAUAGAGAAUAAAUUACUAAAAACACAGUUACAGCUGUCAGAAACAAUUCAGAAAACUGAGUCAAUCCAACUGGAGAACUUCAAAUUAGGUGGCAUUCUUCAUGUGCUUCGGCUGGAUAAUGAAACUAGUAAGAUGGUCAAGGAACAGUUGGAGCAAAAGAUUUCAAAUUUAUCUCAAGUGGUUGCUGACAGGAAUCAGGAGAUGAAAUGUGUUUAUAAAGAAAAUGAGAUUCUGCAAGUGGAAAUUGAUCAAAAGCACACAGAAAUUGACAUCCUUUUAAAUAGGAAGGAAGAUUUAUUUUCAGAACUCCAAAUACAAAUCCAUGAAAAUGAUCUCUGUCAAGUAGAAAUGGAAGCACUGUUAACUGAGGUCCAUCUCUCCACAAUUACUGCAGUUUUAUAUGAAGAAAAAAUCCAUGAGCUGAUAAUAGAAGACGAACUCAGCACAAUCCUGCAAAAAGAGACACUAAUGAUUGAGGUAAAGUUAAUUAAGGAGUACAUUGAUACUCUGAAGAAAAAGGUCGAUUAUCUUGAAGGACGAAGUCAUGGGUUGGAGGUUGAUUUGGGGGUUUAUGAAGCUUUGGUUACAUCAUUGUGGAAUAGUAUUGCCUCUCUGGGAGAUCAGAUUAUUGAAGUGACAAGAGUUAGAUCAGCAGUACAUCAUGACAAUGAGGAUAUGUCCUUGCUUUCUCAUUUAUAUCUACAGGAAAAUCAUCCCAGUCAAUGUCAAACAGGCAUAAAAGUUGAAAGUGUUCAAAUGUUGGAGAAGUUGAUUACUAAAGUAGAAUUUCUUCGAAAUGUGAUCAAAGAUAUCCAAAGUGACGUAGAGCAGGAAAACUUUGAAUCGACUGAAGGAAUUGAAAGGCUAAAGAAAAAAGAACUGCAGGAGCAGGAGUUUCAAACACAACAGAAUUUUAUUAGACAGUUUGAUGGAGUAAAUGAUGCUGAAAUCUCAAAAGGGAAGAAGACCAGAGAGAUGAUGAAGGAUAUUCAGCUCGAUAAGGAUUCAAGUUCUUUACCUAAUGUGGCAAUUGAUUCUUUUGGUAUAAGCAGGAUUAGCAGUAAGGAGAUUGAUGAUCAAUUAUGGGAAACUGCCGAAAGCAAUUACAGCAACCAGAAACUGAAAGCAUCAACCACUGCCAUGGACAAUGACAUAGAGCCAGUGGAGGAAGAAAAGAGUGAAUACCCUUCUUCGGAACUAAUGGUUGAAAAGGAAUUGAGUAUUGAUAAGCUAGAGGUACCCAUUAUAGUUCCUGCAUGUCAAAAAGAAUGGAACAAGCGAGUCCUAGAAAGGCUAAGAUCUGAUGUUCAGAGGCUGUCAGACCUUAAAACAAAUGUGAUUGAUUUGAAGAGGAAACUAGAGAGCUCCCAAACGGGGAAACUUCCUGCUAGCUUCAGUCUUGAUACAAUUAAAACACAGUUAAAGAAUGCUGAAGAAUCUUUAUUGGAGUUGUUUGAUACGAACAAAAAGUUAAGAAACAAGGCUUUAGAGCAUUCCUCAGAUGCCGUCAGUACAGAAUCUGAAGAAAGCAGCAGGACAUUAAGGAAAAAAAUUUCAGAAGAAGCAAGGAAGCAAUCAGAGAAAGUCGGAAGAUUAGAGCUGGAACUACAUAAAAUCCAAUAUGUGCUGCUGAAACUCGAGGAAGAGCACAUGACCAGGCACACUCAAGCUGUGGACAGAAGAGCCCGAACACUCCUGAGGGAUUAUAUCUACGGCCGAAGGGGUGGCAAUCGACAAACGAAGAAGAGUCCAUUCUGCGGGUGCAUGAGGCCUAAGACAAAGAACGAUCAGUGAGGUCCUUAACCACAUAAAUAACACAGGCGUUUCUACAUAGAGCUGAGUCUGAAUCUAUUCUCAUUGAAGCGUUAUCGUUUCUCUGCACCCUUUUUCCCCUCGAGCCUAAAUUUUCAAAUGCUCAAUCAACUUGUUGCUGUCAACUUUUGCUUAGUUAAAGAAUACCUGUACAUUCUAAGAUGGUUUACUUCUCGAUGGGCUUCGGAUUUAUCA